AUGACAGCCGCGGCAGCCACGCUUUUUCAGCGCAACAAGCGCAUCUAUGUACAGGAGGAGGACAAGCUGGAGGGGGUUGUCUCCGAUGAGUCGUUUCAGCAGAAGUUCCACCAGUGGCUGGACGCGACGAUUGCUCAGUUGGAUCUCCAGUUUGAGUCGUGCGAGCAGCUGUUGUCGGAGCUGCAGCAGAGCGUUGCCGUGGAGUCCGGCAGCUACUGGUGCAGCAAGACCAUCAUUCAGCACUGCAAUCUACACAUGAGUGAGAAGCGGCUUAUUGUCGCCGGGAAAAAUAUGGAGCAGCACCCUACUCUCCCCGAGCUUGUCAGCCUCAUAUCCUCCUUGCAGCAGCUUAAGGUUCAGGCCUUUAUUUCCCCAAAGCAACGACGCUUUAUUGAGGAGUGUGAGAGCGAGCUGAAGAAUGUUGUGUUUGAAUCCCGUGAGUUACUUUUCAUUAAUAACGCGCUCAAGACAAAACUUCGCGAUGACGGCAACACACGUGGGGUGUUUGGGGACCUCACGGAGUUUCAAAACGCCAUUGAGGACCUCUCGCCGGACAUCGACCAGUGCGAGCAGCUGCUGGAGGCGA